AUGACUUUGUGCACAAAAGAAAUGGGACUUUCUCCGGAUUUUCACCGCAGGCGCAUGCCAUGGACGGCCGAAAAAGAGUGUGUGCCCGGUGUUGUUCGUAACUCCAAGGAAAAGAUGGUGUUGGAUGGCGCACGACGAGUGGAUGUGGAAUGUGUCGACCGUGCAUCGCAGGUGUAUCCGCUGGAGGCAUUGCGGGCAACUGUGGCCAGUUACGAGUACAAUACAUUUAGACAGAAGAACAUUUUAAAUUGGUCUCUCAGGCGGAAUCCAAUGUACUCGGGCAAUGGGUUUACCGCGAGGAUUGGCAGGAGGGGACGCACGACGAGGACGCCACUCGCGUCGCCAUUCAUUUCCGUCGCCACGGCAGCAACACAGCCUCAUGAGACUACACUCCUUGCGGAUUUUCCGGGGUGGCAUGCACUGUUCUGUUUGGCGUCUUUGUUUCCCCAUCCCGAGCGUCGGUGCAGGCUCCCUCGUCGAUGCAAGUUCCUAUCGAUUGCGGACACACCCAUUGAUUGA